AUGGGAUCUAAAACCGACAAGCGGAAGAAACGCAAGGCUGCUGCGGAGGCGGAGCCAGCCGCAGCGGCACCAGCUGAGCAGCAGCCCGCCGACGCCGCAGCCAGCAAAAAAAAGCAGAAGCACGACGGAUCUAGCAAGCAGCAGCAGCAGCAGCCAGCAGCAGAAGCCAAGGCCGCCCCGCAGCCGGCGUCGCCCUCCAGCGCUGACGAGGACGAGCAGCGGCGGCCCAAGGGCGGCCCGGGGCGGCGGUUCACGGUGACGAUGGCGGUGCCGGGGUCCAUCAUCGACAACACCCAGAACUUUGAAAUGGCAAACUUCGUGGCCGGACAGGUCGCGCGCACUGCAGCCGUAUUCAAUGUGGACGAGCUGGUCGUGGUGGAUGACACGCCGCAGCGAAAGGACGGAACCGUCGGCGCCGGGGCCGCUUUCCUGGCGCGCGUGUGCCAGUACCUGGAGACACCCCAGUACCUGCGGAAAGCCCUCAUCCCAAUGCACCCCGACCUGCGGCUUGCGGGCCUGCUGCCGCCGCUGGACGCGCCCCACCACCUGCGCGCGACCGAGUGGCAGCCCUUCAGGGAGGGCGUGGUCUUGAAGGCGGAGGCGGGCACCGGGUCGUUUGUGGACGUCGGGCUCGACCGCACAGCCCUGGUGGAGGGGAGCCUGCUGACCGUCAACGCGCGCGUCACGCUGCGGCUGGGGGAGAGCGCGCGGGUCAAGUUCGUGGAGAGCUACGGCGAGAGCAUGCUCUUGGGGGAGGUCGUGCUGCCCAGUGCUCCGCGGGAGGAAGCGGGCCUCUAUUGGGGCUACGCCACGCGGCUGGCAAAGGGCAUCAGCGGGCUCGUCCAGGGGGCGCCGUUUGAGGGCGGCUACGACCUGAAGCUCGGCACCAGCGAGCACGGCCAGGCACGCUCAUCUGCUCGGGGCGCGCGCGGGCGGGUGGUGCUGCCCGGGAACCUGGAGCUGCCGCGCUUCAAGCACCUGCUGAUCGCGUUCGGCGGCCCCGAGGGCCUGGAGGACUGCCUGGCCCACGACAAGCGGUUUACCAAGCAGUCAACAACCGACGUGUUUGACCUGUACCUGAACACCUGCCCGGGCCAGGGCAGCCGGACGAUUAGGACCGAGGAGGCGGUGCUGAUUUCCAUGGCUUACCUGCAGACCGCCGUCGUCCGGUUCGGGGAGCGGUGA